ACUGCAGGCUGCAAGUGGCCCUAGCAUACUCUGUGAUUGCAAGGAACAUAAUUAUAUGCAAAGGAAUAUGUAACUACAUGUAUUCUUAUUAAGUUAUUUUAAAACUAUAUUGGACUUCCUCUUUACUCUUACAGAUAGGGUGGAGAUGCAAAGUCUGAUAGUGUACUAGUAGCUCAGCCAAUCAGAUUGCAGCAUUUGAAUAAAAAUAUUAGUAGAAUUCUAUUAAUAGUUAUUACUGCCAUCCUGAGUUGCCAGGAUCAAGAAAUUUGACAUUACUCAACCAUUCUUCCCUUGUGCGUCUCUUAGCUAAGUUGCUGACUGAGGAGUUAAAACACCCUGCCAUCCCACCCUCAGCAAAAAUCUCACCCAAGCAAACAAAGGCAUCCCCACCAGAACGAAAGAUUAAGAAGGAAUAUGAAGACUUUUCAGAUGGUACUGAUGAUGCUACAGCAGAUGAAAUGGAUCUGGAGUCAGUAGAACGUUUAGACUCUUAUAACAUGGAUGAAGAUCAGAAAGAUCAACAAUUUGCUCGCCCAGAAGACCUUCCUCUUCCAAGAUUGAGUUCAACACCAUCAACAUCAACACCCAGAAAAAGAGUUGUUACAAGCACAGUGACAACACAACAGCAGACUAGACAAACUUACAGCAACGAUACAGGGAACAGUGUGAAACAAACUGAUUCUGUGGAAACUGUAGCUGUCAAGAAGAAGUCUCCACCAACCAAAGAAGAAAAAGGCAUUUGUGGUCCUCACAUUCAAAUUUUACUUGCCGUUGUAGUUUUUCUUGUCUUCACAAUAUUUUUAAUUUACCAUCUGAUGGAAGAAAUGCCCAAAAAUGAGAUAGAAGGAAAGUAAUUCAUUUGUAGUGGCAAGUGCAUCUAGUAUAGGUUGUAAUGUUCUUCCUGUUUGUUGCAAAGUGUUUGUUUAAGCACACCCUCUCGCCCUGUGCUAGGGCCUUUUUCUUCCAGACUGUUUAGCAUUUUGCAGGGACUUGGUACAGAUCAGUUUAAAGUAUGGGAGAAUAGGGAAAAAGUCUGGAAAUUUCACAGAUGUACAUGUACAGGGCUGUGCUCCAGAAGCGUCCCGGUGCCACAGGCGACUGACUAUUGCCUUUGGGUGACUGGAAAAACUUACUUUUUUUCAUAUAAGCUUAAGUUCUGGGUACCCAGGAUUUUAUGCUUGGAACCUUUGGGCUCCUCUUAAUUUUUCUUAGACCACAGCCUUGAUGUAUAUGUACAGGGCUCAAAAAAAAAAGUGUCAUCCAGUAGUUCGGAACAAGUAGAUUUUUCUGCCAGGCAAGCAACUUUUCAUUCUCACUUGCCCAGGCAAAUCAUCUGCCAACUAAAUUAGAAAAAAAUUAAACUUGGACUUGCCCAGGGCAAGCAAAAAUUGAGAGCUGUUAUCUGAAAGGUAAGCUGGAAUUCAAGUAUUUUUUCAAGCCCUGAAUAUAGCUAAAAUCUCUUGGAGGUGCAAAUUUUCUUGAUCACUGGGUUACAGUAAACAAAGAGAUGUUUUCUCAGCCAGAGAAAUCAAGAAACAGUGUGUGCAAGGAAAGUCCUGUCUGAUAGUCGAGGUCCAACGGAUUUUCCAUUCAGGGUGGUGGAUUCUGUCUGUCCUUCACUUGUCCAAAGUGCAAUGAGGCUUCUUAAAUCAUAGAUAAAUCAUAGAUAGAGCAACCCUGAAGAUCUGUCUUCUUUGUACCCUGAAAACAGAUCCUUCAGCAGUCGACUUUUUGUACUCAGCCUAUUAUUUACAUCCCUAGAAUUAGUAUCUGAUUAGGGAAAUUCUAAAUUUCUCGCCAAAGUGAUGAGUUUGUUGUUGCUGCAGAUUUUCGUGGAGAGUAUUGUAGAUUUUCUUUCAUUGUUGUCAGUGAAUAUCAUUUUCUGCACGAGAAAAUUCAAACAGUAAAUAGAAAACAGUGUGAAAAGUCAGGAGAAAUUCUUGAUUGGCAAUCAUGUAACUAAUUAUCGCUGGUCUGGAUUCCACUGCUCGUGGAAAGUUGAGUUAAAGCACUUAGAAUGGUUCCCUUGUUUUAAAAUUUCAGGGUGACAUGUCCUCCGUCACACCGAUACUGGCUUAAAUUAUAAGGGUUUUGUGAGUUAAGUUAAUUAUAUCUACGCGACAUGCAUUCACCACACUUGGGGAAAAUGCAUUGAAAUUAAGUGCAGUAGAUAGUUACAUGUAUGGCUUAGUUAUACUAUAGGAAAAGAAACGUCUUGCAAAAAUAAUUUGUAGUCAUGUCACAGGUAAUUUUGCGUCCUUGUGUGCAACAAAUACGUAGAGUAAGCCAAUUUAGCUUUCUUUUUUUUAGGUUUGUCUCUGUUACUAGAUUUAGACUUGUUUGAGAGAGGAAAAAAAAACAGAUUUUUGUACCAUGGACUUUUAAUUUAAUGAAAUCACCUUAACACUUUUUUUGAAGUAUUAAUGUCUUGUUUCUUUAAUUAUCUCUUUGUACACUAUUUUUUAGCUCUUAGGAUCUAGAAAAUAACCAGUGUUAGAAACAAGGUUUCAAUGUACAUGUGUACGUGUUAACGUUCACUGAACUUUCUCUUUGUCUUCGGAUUUCCUGGCCAUUAGCACUGGGUGUGGCUCGCUUGUAAACGUUCGCGAGCCACGUGGUUAGAAUGAGAAAAGAGACAGCAGCUUUGAACUUCGAAAAAAUCCUCUUUGAGGGAAUAUACUGUUGUAAUUUUAACUCAAGAAACGCUUGGAUUUUUCUCAACUUGGUUUAUUGAGCUUUCUAGUGAUGAAUGCCCAUUUUCAAUCGUUUGGAAAAGCUUACGUUAGGCAAAGAGAAGUUACAGAUCCCUUCAGACGAAGCUAACCUGUUGCGUUUUGGUCAGUUCACUUCUUAGGACUCGAACUGUUUCCGGUGGAAAAAGUGACCAACCACAAAUACGCAGCCAUCGAAAGUUGUCACGCCAGCUUGCCAUCGUGACGGAAGGUCAUGUUGCUUGGCAACUCCUGAUGUAAGGCCUCACUAGGGGAGGGUCAAUAAAGUUUUUGUAUUGUAUAGAUGUAAACUGCCCACAUUGAAAGGAGUAGCUUCAAUUCAAAAUAGAAACGUACUUGUUCUGCAAGAUAACGUAAAGAAUAGCUGAUAUUUUGUCCAAUAUUGCACAAAUUAAAAUAUUCUUUUGCCAAAGAA